CGGCGGUGCUGCAGGAGUGCGAAGCGGCGUGGAACAGAACUUUUGACGGGUGGACGGCAGGCGCGGAAUGCUUGUUGGCUGAGAAGAUCGAGUGCAAUCCAGAUGGAAUGAUCAACAGCAUGAGCAUCGCAGGCUUACAACUGAAUGGCCCCAUCCCCACCAGCAUCGCCACCCUCACCGCACUCACUUACUUUGACAUCGCCUUCAAUAACUUCGCAGGGACCGUCCCGUCUUUCAUCACACGCCUCUCCCAGCUCUCUCACCUGAGCUUUACUCAAACCAGGAUUUCCGGACCCAUUCCCUCCACCAUCGGGGCACUCAAGAAGCUCGAACUUCUGUUCAUAUCCUAUACCAACAUUUCAGGAACCAUCCCCUCCACCAUCUCCGGCCUCUCCUCUCUCACCUACUUCGACUGUUCCAACACUCGCAUCAGUGGCACCAUCCCCAGCACUAUUGGCCGGCUUUCCAACCUCCAGAACUUGCUCGUCGCCAACACCAACUUGUCUGGGUCGCUGCCAGCCUCCCUCGGUGCUCUCCCCAAUCUCGUUCAAGU